UCUUACCCAUCAUUUUCUCUCUCCUACUUCCCGGUUUUUUUUCUUCUAUCCCUCGCUUUCGACCCGUUUAAAUUUCCGCCCUUUUUCCCAAUUUUGUCACUUUUUCUUCAUUUUUAAUUUUUGUAAUUUUUUUCUCUCCAAUUUCUGCGCUCUCAAUAAACCCUAAAAAUGGAGGACCAGCAAAGAAUGCAAUUGAUGCUUCAGCAACAAGCUUCGAUGCAGCGAUUGAUCCUUCAGCAACAAGCUUCUCUCUAUCAACCGGGUGUUCUCGCUGCCCCUCCCCAGACAGAGCCUAUCUUCAGUGGAAAUCUGCCACCAUCCUUUGAUUCAAGUGCAUGCUGCAGUGUGUUGGUUUGGAACAUUCACCCCCAAGUCACUGAUCCACUUCUUCAAGAAGUUUUCUCAAGAACCGGUAUUAUUGCAAGAUGCCAGCUAAUUCGUCAGGAGAAGUCUUCCUACGGCUUUGUGGAUUACUAUGAUCGAAGAUCAGCUGCUCUUGCUAUUGUCACCCUUAAUGGGCUUCAUCUUUUUGGACUACCUAUCAAAGUUAAUUGGGCACAUGCGAGCAGCCUAAGAGAGGACAAGAUGAAUCAUCACAACAUAUUUGUUUGGGAUUUGGUCCCUGAGGUUACAGACGCUACAUUGUUCGCAUGCUUCUCUCAUCAUACCUGCUCAGAUGCUAGAGUAAUGUGGGAUAAGAAGACUGGGCGUUCCAGGGGUUUUGGUUUUGUUUCAUUUAGAAGCCAACAGGAUGCACAAACUGCGAUCAAUGACCUAGAUGGAAAAUUGCUUGGAAGUAGACAGAUUCGCUGUAAAUGGGCCCCAAAAGGUUCUAUAGGCAGUGAUGACGACGAGCCAAGCCCGUAUGCUAAGAGUGCUGUGGACCUCACCAAUGGAUCAUCUGAAGACGGUCAAGAGAAGAAGACAGAUGACCAUACUUCGGAGACCAACCCUCAGGUUGAUGGACCAUUUGAUUAUUGUUAUUGUGGAGCUCCUGUGUCAAGGCUAACUGCUUGGACUCAUGAAAAUCCGGGUAGAAAAUUCAUUGCUUGCAAGUACUAUGAUCGAGAAAUGGACGCUAGGAGAUGCAAUUAUUUUAUGUGGCUUGAUUUGGAUAGCACUGCAUGGCAGAGGGAUGUCAUAAACCACCUGUUAGUAGAAAAAAGAUUAUUAGAAAAAAGAUUGAUGAAAAUUGAGAUGAAUGUUAUGAUGAAAAAGAUUGAAGAGUUUGAGCUAGCCAAGAAGGAGGUUGAUGAAUGAGGUGGGAAAGGAUAAUAGGCAUGGUGGAGCCGAACAUAUGGUACUUCUCAUGGGUUGCUUGAUGUGUUACUUAGUUGCAUUAGUGGUUUUAUUCAAGUAGUAUUAGGAUAAUAAUUGCAUUAGUGGUAAGAAUUUAGGAUGUUAUGAUCGAAUCCUUUUGUGUGAUGUUGGAAAAAUAUAGUUGUCUUUGAAUGGAAUCAAUGAACGAAUAUGAUUGUCUUA